AUGCAAUUCCGCUCGCCUACAGCCGCCAGGAGCUCCCUGGCGCCGCCGGCAGCGUCCUCCUCCGGAGCAGCUGCGCCUGCACCUGGGCAGCCUGGACCUUCGUGCCCUGCCCCCGGGGCCUCGCGCGGGGGUCGCCCCGGGACACCCCCUGUGGGCCGGGUGGAGGAGGAAGAGGAGGAGGAAGAAGACGUGGACUCGGACCCGCCGCUGAACACCUGGCUGAGCCACUUCACUCUAAGGGGGAGGAAAAGAGAGCCGGGGAGAACCAUGGGGGGCAGCGAAGUCCGGGAAUUUCUUUUGCAAUUUGGUUUCUUCUUGCCUCUGCUGACAGCUUGGCCAGGCGACUGCAGUCACGUCUCCAACAACCAAGUUGUGUUGCUUGAUACAACAACUGUGCUGGGAGAGCUAGGAUGGAAAACAUAUCCAUUAAAUGGGUGGGAUGCCAUUACUGAAAUGGAUGAACACAACAGGCCCAUUCACACAUACCAGGUAUGCAAUGUGAUGGAGCCAAACCAAAACAACUGGCUUCGUACAAAUUGGAUCUCUCGUGAUGCAGCUCAGAAAAUUUAUGUGGAAAUGAAGUUCACACUGAGGGAUUGUAACAGCAUCCCGUGGGUCUUGGGGACUUGCAAAGAAACAUUUAAUCUAUAUUAUGUGGAAUCAGAUGAGUCCCAUGGAAUUAAAUUCAAGCCAAGCCAGUAUACAAAGAUUGACACAAUUGCUGCUGAUGAAAGUUUUACCCAGAUGGAUUUGGGUGAUCGCAUCCUCAAACUCAACACUGAGAUUCGUGAGCUGGGGCCUAUAGAAAGGAAAGGAUUUUAUCUGGCUUUUCAAGACAUCGGGGCAUGCAUUGCCCUAGUUUCCGUCCGUGUUUUCUACAAAAAAUGCCCCUUUACUGUUCGUAACCUGGCCGUGUUUCCAGACACUAUCCCAAGGGUUGAUUCUUCCUCCUUGGUUGAAGUAAGGGGCUCCUGUGUGAAGAGUGCAGAAGAGCGCGACACUCCUAAACUCUAUUGUGGAGCUGAUGGAGAUUGGCUGGUUCCUCUUGGAAGAUGUAUCUGCAGUACAGGGUAUGAAGAAAUCGAAGGUUCUUGCCACGCUUGCAGACCAGGAUUCUAUAAAGCAUUUGCUGGCAACACAAAAUGUUCUAAGUGUCCUCCACACAGUUUAACCUACGUGGAAGCGACUUCUGUCUGUCAGUGUGAAAAGGGUUACUUUCGAGCUGAAAAAGACCCACCUUCCAUGGCAUGUACCAGGCCGCCUUCAGCUCCUAGGAAUGUGGUUUUUAACAUCAAUGAAACGGCCCUUAUUUUGGAAUGGAGCCCUCCAAGUGACACAGGAGGGAGGAGAGACCUCACGUACAGUGUGAUCUGCAAGAGAUGUGGCUUAGACAGCAGCCCGUGUGAGGACUGCGGUGGAGGACUCCGCUUCAUCCCAAGACACACUGGCCUGACCAACAGUUCCGUGGUAGUGCUUGACUUCGUGUCCCACGUGAAUUACACCUUUGAAAUAGAAGCCAUGAAUGGAGUUUCUGAGUUGAGUUUUUCUCCCAAGCCAUUCACAGCUAUUACAGUGACCACGGAUCAAGAUGCACCUUCCCUGAUAGGUAUGGUAAGAAAGGACUGGGCAUCCCAGAAUAGCAUUGCCCUAUCAUGGCAAGCCCCUGCUUUUUCCAAUGGAGCCAUACUGGACUACGAGAUCAAGUACUAUGAGAAAGAGCAUGAGCAACUCACCUAUUCUUCCACGAGGUCCAAGGCUCCCAGUGUCAUCAUCACGGGUCUCAAGCCAGCCACCAAGUACAUUUUUCAUAUCCGAGUGAGGACUGCAACAGGAUACAGUGGCUACAGUCAGAAGUUUGAAUUUGAAACAGGAGAUGAAACUUCUGACAUGGCGGCGGAACAGGGGCAGAUUCUUGUGAUAGCCACCGCGGCAGUGGGAGGAUUCACUCUUCUCGUCAUUCUUACUCUCUUCUUCUUAAUCACUGGCAGGUGUCAAUGGUACAUAAAGGCCAAAAUGAAGUCAGAAGAGAAGAGAAGAAAGGACUUACAGAAUGAACAUUUACGCUUCCCAGGAAUUAAAACUUAUAUAGAUCCAGAUACAUAUGAAGACCCAUCUCUGGCAAUCCAUGAAUUUGCAAAGGAGAUUGAUCCGUCAAGAAUACGCAUUGAGAGAGUCAUUGGGGCAGGGGAAUUUGGAGAAGUCUGUAGUGGACGUUUGAAAACACCAGGGAAAAGAGAGAUCCCAGUUGCCAUCAAAACUUUGAAAGGUGGCCACAUGGAUCGGCAAAGAAGAGAUUUCUUAAGAGAAGCAAGUAUCAUGGGUCAGUUUGACCACCCAAACAUCAUUCGCUUAGAAGGUGUUGUUACAAAAAGAUCCUUCCCGGCCAUUGGGGUGGAAACGUUCUGCCCCAGCUUCCUGAGGGCAGGGUUUUUAAAUAGCCUCCAGGCCCCGCAUCCAGCGCCAGGGGGAGGAUCUUUGCCCCCCAGGAUUCCUGCUGGCAGACCAGUAAUGAUUGUGGUGGAAUAUAUGGAGAAUGGAUCCCUAGACUCCUUUUUGCGGAAACAUGAUGGUCACUUCACAGUCAUCCAGUUGGUCGGUAUGCUCCGAGGCAUUGCAUCAGGAAUGAAGUAUCUUUCUGAUAUGGGUUAUGUUCACCGAGAUCUGGCAGCUAGGAAUAUAUUGGUCAACAGCAACUUAGUAUGCAAAGUUUCUGAUUUCGGUCUCUCCCGAGUGCUGGAAGAUGAUCCAGAAGCUGCUUAUACAACAACUGGUGGGAAAAUUCCCAUAAGGUGGACAGCCCCAGAAGCUAUCGCCUACAGAAAAUUCUCCUCGGCAAGUGAUGCAUGGAGCUAUGGCAUUGUCAUGUGGGAGGUCAUGUCCUAUGGAGAGAGACCUUAUUGGGAAAUGUCUAACCAAGAUGUAAUCCUGUCCAUUGAAGAGGGUUACAGACUCCCGGCUCCCAUGGGCUGUCCGGCAUCUCUACACCAGCUGAUGCUCCGCUGCUGGCAGAAGGAGAGAAAUCAUAGACCAAAAUUUACUGACAUUGUCAGCUUCCUUGACAAACUGAUCCGCAAUCCCAGUGCCCUCCACACCCUGGUAGAGGACAUCCUUGUAAUGCCAGACUCCCCUGGUGAAGUUCCUGAAUAUCCUUUGUUUGUGACAGUCGGUGACUGGCUGGAUUCUAUAAAGAUGGGGCAAUAUAAGAAUAACUUCAUGGCAGCGGGGUUUACAACUUUUGACCUGAUUUCAAGAAUGAGCAUUGAUGAUAUUAGAAGAAUUGGAGUCAUACUCAUUGGACACCAGAGACGAAUAGUCAGCAGUAUACAGACUUUACGUUUACACAUGAUGCACAUACAGGAGAAGGGGUUUCAUGUAUAA